AACCUCUGGAGUCAAGUGUUUACUUUCUUUCCCGUUUGUGUGUAAAUUGUUCUUAUUUGUAAUAAUUAAUUUUCGUAUUUAUCUAUAUCUAAUUUAUCUACUUUAUAAUCUUUCUGAAUCAUUAAGCGAUAAGAAUAUCAUUUAAAAUAUAUUUGUGUAUUAAACAAUGGAUAGCUAACCUGACAAUAUAUUUACGAUAGUUAAGUUACCUUUUCAAAGAAAUCAAAUACGUCUGCACGGUUAAAAUGCUCAGUAUUUGUGAGAAAAUUCAAGACUUUAGAUCGACAGUAUUAGCGUCGAUAGAUGAAGUUUCUGAAUUGGACCAAGCCAAUAAAACAGUACUUAUUAGAUAUUUGACCGACACUAAAACUUUAACUUCGAAUUCAUCAAUAAAAAUUCAAGGUAUAAUUGAUUAUAUGUAUGAACAAGUCAACAUUGGGAAUUGGAAAGAUGUGAGAAUAUUUAUUCGCAAAACAAUUACAAUUGCUUCGUAUUUACGAGUAUUAGGAAUGAUAAUUAAUUGCAAGUCACUGACUGAUACCUUGGUUAAGGAAUUAUUUGUUGUCAUAGACUUUGGGAUUCUAUUUGGAUGCCCCAUUAAUACAGAACCUGGACUACUUCAGAAAUGUGCCUCAAUUUUAAAUACACUAACAAAGCAAGAUGAAACUUGCUUUGAACACCAAAUUGUAGAUAUCAAACCAAAUAUUAGUAUAAGUGAUGAACUUCAAGGAGCUAUUUCAAUAGAAAUACUGUACUAUCCUAGUAUGGAAACAUUUUAUAAAAAUUACAUUAUGUUAGAAAAACCUGUAGUAUUGGACAAGUGUAUUGAUCAUUGGCCUGCAUUGUCUAAAUGGAGAGAUAAUAAUUACUUUAUAAAACUGGCUGGACUGAGAACAGUUUCCAUAGAAAUAGGAAAAGAAUACACAGAUUCAAAUUGGACUCAGAAACUUAUCACUGUUAAGGAUUUUAUUAACAAUUACAUUUAUCAAUCUGAUGGUCCAAUUGGAUACCUAGCUCAGUAUCAGCUUUUUGAUCAAAUACCAGAGCUAAAAGAUGAUAUUAUAGAGCCAGAAUACUGCUGUUUCUCAGAAACAAAUGAUCCAGUGAAUAUAAUGGCAUGGUAUGGCCCCAAAGGCACAGUAUCUCCUUUACACCAUGACCCCACUAAGAAUUUGUUAGCACAAGUAGUGGGUGAGAAGAGAUUAUAUUUAUUUUCACCCAAAGACUCGGAACAUCUUUAUCCUCAUGAACAUGAACUAUUAAAUAACACAGCUAGAAUAGACCCAAGAUGUCCUGAUUUUGAAAAAUAUCCUGAAUACAAAAACGCAACGCCCUACUUCUGUAUAUUGAGACCAGGUCAGAUGCUAUACAUACCACCAAAAUGGUGGCAUUUUGUUGAAUCUCUAUCGGUGAGCUUUUCAGUUAGUUUCUGGUGGCAAUAGUUAAAUUUUUACAUUUCUGAAGUUGGACUAAAUAACAACGUCCACCAAUAGAUCAAUCAAAUAAGCAGAAAGUUUUGAGAAGAAUAAAAAAGAGG